ACAGUGUUAUACUCAACUCAAGUUUUUUUGGGGGGCAUCCCACUUUUUUUGGAGGAGAGUAGCCCCUAAAUUAUUGUUUGUUAUUGUCUAUCAAAAACAUAUUAGGCUACUGAGGAUUUUCACUUGAAUUUUAGGAGGUGCAGCUUCACUGACGAAGAUCACUGAUUAUCACUUGAACAGGGGAGACACAAAAGCUCUCCACCGACUAUGGAAACAGAGGCAACUGAUGGAUACUCUGCAAGUAAUGGAGACUGCUCUCCCAGGAAGACAGAGAACUCUAGAUUGUUGGUGGACCUGUCUGCAAACACACCCAACGCACAGCAGCCCAAGGGUCCUUAUUCACCCACUGAAAACACCAUCAAACAAGAAGAAGAGCCAGAAGAUGAAGGGCACAGGAGGACCACAGCAGAGGAUAUAGGACAAAGCGGGGAAGAGGAAUCGGGAUUGGAAGAGCCCAUGAUUGACAGCCCAAACAACCUACAGGAUGGGGUCCCUGGGUCAGAUGGGUCAUGUGACCCAGGAACUCGGCUGCCCAAUGGUGAUAGGCCAUUCCAGUGUAACCAGUGUGGCAUGUCGUUCACUCAGAAGGGCAACCUGUUGAGACACAUCAAGCUGCACACGGGGGAGAAGCCCUUCAAAUGCCCCUUCUGCAGCUAUGCCUGCCGCCGUCGUGACGCACUUGCAGGCCACCUACGCACACACUCAGUGGGUAAACCACACAAGUGUGACUACUGUGGGCGGAGCUACAAACAGAGGACGUCAUUGGAGGAGCAUAAAGAGCGCUGCCAUAACUACCUUCAGAGUGCUGGCAUGGAUCCCACCUCCAACACUGGGCCUUAUCCAGGUGAGGUCCCUAAAGAGCAGAGGCCCCUGGUAGAGGCCGCUGCCAUGGCAACAUUAAACCGGCCACCUGUCAUUGAGAAACUGCAGAGUAACGUAGGGAAGAGGAAGAGCACCACUCCACAGAAGUUUGUGGGUGAGAAGAUGAUGCGCUACAGUUACCCGGAGCUGAGCUAUGAGAUGGGUCUGAAAUAUGAGAAAGAGGCAGAGCUGAUGCAGGCUCACAUGAUGGACCAGGCUAUCAACAACGCCAUCUCUUACCUGGGCUCUGACUCCCCGAGGCCCCUGGUCCACCACCCCCACCCCCAUGGUCCCCACCGUCCACAGCCGUCCCUUUCUAUGGCUGAGGUGGUACCCAUGGUCAACCCCCUCUUCCACCACGUCUACCCUCUUGGGCCAGAGCUGCGUAUGGACCGACCGGGUAGCCGCAACGCCCCACCUCAUCCUUCACCUCUGCCCCCUCCUCCCCCUGACUUCCAUCCCUCCUCCAACGGGCCGAUCGCCCUUACCAGACCCAAGCAGCACCACCCCCAGGGUACCAGAGAGGAAAAAGAGUCUCCUAGCAACAGUGGGCUAGACUCGGCCGACUCCGCCCGGAGCAGCCCACAGGAUAGGCUGGGUUACCACUGGAACAACCCCCACCACCGUCCCAGAUCCAGCCCAGCAUACGGCGGCAGAGAGGAGGGGCGAGGCGUAGCUGAGAUGGCCCAGGGAGGGGCGGCAGAGAGGCCUAUGAGUCGGGAAGGGGUGCGUGUGUUUGGGCGAGAGGGGCGGGAGAUGAGGGUAUUCCAGUGUGAACACUGCCGCGUUCUCUUCCUGGACCAUGUCAUGUACACCAUCCACAUGGGUUGUCAUGGUUACAGGGACCCGCUGGAGUGCAACAUCUGUGGCCACCGCAGUAAGGACCGCUAUGAGUUCUCAUCUCACAUCAUCCGCGGGGAACACACCUUCAACUAGAGGGCUGGACAGGACAGGAGCCACCCCUGCC